GCGGCUCGGGCUCCCGUUAGGAUGAGAUAAGGGCGCCGGGACUGGCUCGCGACGCGCUCGCUCUCUCCAUCGCGCAGGGCGGGAGGAGGAGGAUCCACCAGCCGCCCCCAUGGGGAGCGCUGCCCCGGUCUGAGUGAUCAUAUUACCCUGGCUUCUCUACACUGCGAGCUCCUGCUGUUUUCACAGCCUUCAAUGGGAAGGUCAAAGGGUUUGAACCAUCCAACAUAUCAAAGCUCCAGGAGGCUAUUUGGACUCUGGCACCACACAUUUCCAAAGGCUGCUGCCAUUGCACCUAAGAAAGAAACAUUUUGAGAACUAAGCAGUGGAGGAUGAAAGCCUCUGAAUAUGUCUCUUAUGACGUGGUCUUCAGAAUAGCAAUGCUGUAGAAUUACUGCCUUAAGAUACAACUUUCUGUGAUGGAAGAUGGAAGACAAAGGCGCUCGUGUUGCUGACUACUUUGUUGUAGCAGGAUUGACGGAUAUUUCAAAACCACUAGAAGAAGAAAUCCACUUCAAUGAUGCUUGCCAUAAAAUAGCUAAACCAAAAGAACCCAUCACUGAUGUGACAGUAAUUAUUAAAUCUCUGGGGGAGGAAGUGCCACAGGGAUAUAAAUGCAUAGAUGUUACUCCAUCAGGACUGUCAGCAGAUCUCAAUAAUGGGAGUCUUGUGGGUCCACAGAUCUUCCUUUGCUACAGGAGAGGAAGGGACAAGCCUCCACUUACUGAUCUGGGGGUUUUAUAUGAUGGGAAAGAGAGAUUAAUACAGGGCUGUGAAAUCAUUCAAGCCACUCCAUCUGGUCGUCCUGCAAACAUUAGUGGCAGUGCCUCAUCACAAAGAGUAUACAUCACUUACCGAAGAGCCUCUGAAAAUAUGACCCAAAACACCUUGGCUGUCACAGAUAUAUGUAUAAUUAUACCGAGUAAGGGAGAGAGCCCUCCACAUACAUUCUGCAAGGUUGACAAGAAUCUUAAUAACAGUAUGUGGGGCUCAGCAGUAUACCUAUGUUAUAAAAAGUCUGUGGCAAAAACCAAUACCAUAUCAUAUAAAGCUGGUUUAAUAUGCCGAUAUCCUGAAGAAGACUAUGAGUCAUUCCCAUUACCAGAAUCGGUGCCUCUUUUUUGUCUACCCAUGGGUGCAACUAUUGAGUGUUGGCCAUCUAAUAGUAAAUACCCCCUACCAGUUUUUUCUACAUUUGUACUAACUGGAGCUUCAGCUGAAAAGGUAUAUGGUGCUGCUAUUCAAUUCUAUGAACCAUAUCUUGAGGAGAAUCUCACAGAAAAACAGAAAUCUCAGUUAGAGUUAGCAACUACUAGAGAUGGGAAGUCGGAUAACUCCAAAACAGUUCAGACUAACAAAUGCAUUUGUCUGCUUUCUCACUGGCCUUUUUUUGAUGCUUUCAAGAAGUUUCUUACCUUUCUUUAUCGUUAUUCCAUCUCUGGUCCUCAUGUCCUGCCUAUUGAGAAACACAUUUCGCAUUUUAUGCACAAAGUUCCUUUUCCGUCCCCUCAGAGGCCAAGAAUUUUAGUUCAGCUAUCGCCACAUGAUAACCUCAUUCUUAGUCAGCCGGUGUCAUCACCUCUACCCCUGAGUGGUGGCAAGUUUUCUACACUGCUUCAGAACCUAGGGCCCGAGAAUGCAGUUACUCUACUUGUAUUUGCUGUAACAGAACAUAAAAUUCUCAUCCAUUCCUUACGACCGUCUGUCCUUACUAGUGUGACAGAGGCGUUAGUCUCAAUGAUAUUUCCUUUCCACUGGCCAUGCCCAUACAUUCCUCUUUGCCCCUUGGCACUGGCAGAUGUGUUAAGCGCACCAUGUCCGUUCAUAGUAGGAAUUGAUUCAAGAUACUUUGAUCUGUAUGAUCCCCCACCAGAUGUUAGCUGUGUUGACCUAGAUACCAACACCAUUUCUCAAACUGGAGAUAAGAAAACUAUUUCAUGGAAGAUCUUACCAAAGAAACCUUGCAAAAAUCUAAUGAACACUUUAAAUAACUUAUAUCAACAACUGGCAGAAUUGCAGCAAAGACCAAGAGAAGAGGCAUUCAUGGAAUUAACAAUGAAUGACUAUGAUUUUAAUUCGGGGAAGAAGUUGCAUUUGUUAGAUAUGGAGAUCCAGGAGGCAUUUCUUUGUUUCAUGGCUUCAUUAUUAAAAGGUUAUAGGUCGUACCUAAGGCCAAUAACACAGGCACCUUCUGAGAGAGCAACAGAUGCAAGUUCCCUGUUUGAACUACAAGGGUUCUUAAAAAGUCGAGAUCGAUCACAUCAAAAAUUCUACACAUCAAUGACCAAAACACAAAUGUUUAUUCGCUUCAUUGAAGAAUGUUCCUUUGUUAGUGAUAAGGAUGCAAGCCUUGUAUUUUUUGAUGAUUGUGUAAAUAAAGUAGAUAUGGACAAGAGUAGUGAAACACGGCUUAUAGAGCUGGAUGAGUCCUACAAGAGUGAACACACAGUUUUCAUAACGCCACCUGAGAUCCCUCACCUACCUAAUGGUGAAGAGCACCCAUUGCAGUACAGCUAUAAUGGAUUUCCUGUGCUGAAGCUAGAUUUGUUUGACCAACCUGAGGGGUUCCUGACUACACCAAAUAACAAACUGUUUUCAAAAGCCAGUAGUCCCAACAGCCCAUCCCCAAUGUUCAGGAGAACAAAACAGGAAAUAAAGUCAGCCCAUAAGAUAGCUAAGAGGUACUCCUCCAUUCCUCAGAUGUGGUCCAGGUGUUUGCUGCGUCACUGCUAUGGCCUAUGGUUUAUCUGCCUUCCUGCGUAUGUGAAAGUGUGCCAUUCGAAAGUCAGGGCUCUGAGAACUGCAUAUGACGUGCUGCGAAAAAUGCAUACCAAAAAGAUAGAUCCCCCUGAUGAGGUAUGUUACCGGGUGAUUAUGCAGCUAUGUGGGCAAUAUGGCCAGCCUGUGCUUGCAGUGAGAGUCCUUUUUGAAAUGAAAAAAGCCGGUGUUGACCCUAAUGCUAUUACAUAUGGUUACUAUAAUAAGGCUGUUUUGGAAAGCACCUGGCCUUCAAGUAAUAGAAGUGGCUAUUUCCUAUGGACGAAGAUCAGAAAUGUUGUAUUAGGAAUAGCACAGUUUAAAAAAUCUUUAAAAAAACUACCUGCCAACACAACACAAGCAGCUCUUUCCGGGGGACUUUCAGAUCUUGGGAGUAACUUGUUAUCUAAAGAAGAAUUUAGGCAAGGGGAAACAUCUGUUCAAGAUAUAAAAAAACAAAAAGAGGACGACAAGAGAGAGAGUGAUUCCAGUUCUUUGUCUGAAACAGAGAGUGCAAAAGGAAGUGGUGACUGUCUUCCCAAGCUAAAUUAUCAAAAUUCAAGUACUACUACAAUUCAAGUAGCAAAAGCCACUUCUAACAUAGUACGACUCAAUGGUACCAUUGAUAAUGCUGACAGUACAGCUGGGAAAGUUAGCACGGAAAGCCCAGCAGGGCUGCUGUUCACAUCUGCUUUUGAGGGUACCAAUGAAGCAGGAGUUAUUCAAAGUAAAACCUUAAGGAAAAGACAUAAAAGUGCUGUGGAACCUGAUCUAAAACAGAUGGCAUGGGGAAGCAGGAACCGUAAUCUGAGUGGAGAUGCCCUGAUGGGGUUCAUGAUAAAUAGAAUUAACCAGAAUGCAAGCCCUGGAGACAUUGUGGAAAAAUUAGGAGCUGAUGCAAAAAUACUAUCUAAUGUAUUCCAGAAGAGCAUAAGGCCGAAUAGUCUUGACCUCAGAAAGUCAUCUUUAGGGUUUGAGAGAGAGAGUAUGGAGAAGGAAUCUAGUGAUGAAGAUGCACCUUUCUAUGGCAGUUUUGCAGAUAAAACAGAGUCUCCUGUUAUAUUUGAUUUAGAAGACUUAGAUGCUGAACCUGACACAGCUAAAAUAGUAAAGUCGUCUAAUGAAAAACCCAAGAUGUUACAGCGUAAUAGCAGCUUUCUAAUAAAACCAGUUGAAAAAACAGAUGUGGAAACUGGAUUUGAUCCCCUCUCGCUGCUGGUUGCUGAGACCGAGCAACAGAAAGAUGAUGAUGAUGAUGACGAUGAUGACAAAAGUGUUUCAACGCCAUCUGCAAGACGGGAUUUAGCUGAAGAAAUAGUAAUGUACAUGAACAACAUGAGCAGCCCUUUGACAAGCCGUGCACCAAGCAUUGACUUGCAAAAAACAUACGAUGACAAAAAUGUUAGUGAAAAGAGUCCAACAGUGACGCAGCCAUGCAGAAGAUCCAGCCUUCCCCCAAAUUCUCCCAGGCCAAUGCGUCUUAUCAAAUCCAAAAGUUACCACAUAAAAAAUGAAGAAAGGCCAAGGGACAGGCUUUGGUCUUCUCCAUCUUACAGUCCGGCAAGGGAACAGUCACAGGACAUGGCUGGUGCAUUAACUCUAGUGUCUCCACCUUCAUUCAACUUAGAUACACUAUUAACACCUACAUUUGAUGUUCUGAAAAGCAGCAUGUUUUCUGCUGGGAAAGGCGUUGCAGAGAAGGCUAGCAAGUGGUAUUCAAAGUUUACUACAUAUGCUGCAUCCUCAAAGGAUCAAAAUUCAGACCGAGCAAGUGUUUCAUCUCUUGGAAUUCUGGAUUCAGAAUCUACGUCUCUAACUGAUGAAGAUGUCUGCAAUGACUUUGAAGGUACUUCUUCUCCUCAAGAGAACAAUGACACCUCAGUAAUUAAGGAAAUUGGUCUAAGCAGGACAAGCCUAGAAAGUUCAGCUUCUCAUGAUGGCUCAUCCAAGCAAUUGUAUCAGUGUGGUUCCCUUUCAAAGUUUCCCUUGCCUGACAAAUCAGAGUUGAUGUCUUCUUGCAGCACAAGUAGCACCAGUGUUUUUCAGAACUAUGCUAUGGAGGUACUCAUCUCAAGCUGUUCGCGAUGUCGAACUUGUGACUGUCUGGUUCAUGAUGAAGAAAUCAUGGCAGGAUGGACUGCAGAUGAUUCAAAUCUCAAUACCACAUGUCCUUUCUGUGGCAACCUAUUCCUGCCCUUUUUGAAUAUUGAAAUCCGAGAUCUGCGGCGACCUGGGCGGUACUUUCUGAAGUCCAGUCCAUCUACAGAGAAUAUGCAGCUUCCCUCACCUUUUUCAAAUCAGACAGGAAAGUCCUAUAUCUCUACUCCCACAUCAGGUCUUGCUACAUCUGUAAUGCCUGUUCAAGAUGAUUUUAAUUCAAAAUGCAAAUCUAAGCAGCAGGACAACUCUUGUGCCAGAAGUAUCCAAAUCCCUUCAGGAAGAAGACAAAAUAUUGCUGGGUCAGAGUGUCCCAGUCUUGCUGUAGCAAGAAGUGUCAGUACUUACGGUCCACUGGAAGAGGAUGAGAAGGGAAGCCGGAAGCUCAGCCAUAUUGUUCCCACUGGCAGCCUGCCCACCACUUUGCAAGGAACAACGGAUUCUUUAGGACUGGAAUGGCGUUUAUGUAGUCCUGACCCCAUCACUGUUCCUUACCUAAGUCCUCUAGUGGUAUGGAAAGAGCUUGAAAGCUUGCUUGAAAAUGAAGGGGAUCGUGUGAUAACAGUGGCAGAUUUUGUAGACCAUCAUCCUAUCGUGUUUUGGAAUCUGGUGUGGUAUUUCAGGCGUCUGGACUUGCCCAGUAACUUACCAGGACUAAUACUUUCUUCUGAGCACUGUAAUAAAAAUUCAAAGAUUCCACGAAACUGUAUGUCAGAGGACAGUAAAUAUGUUCUCAUUCAGAUGCUAUGGGACAAUAUGAAGUUGCAUCAGGAUCCAGGACAGCCCCUAUAUAUUCUGUGGAAUGCACAGAGUCAAAAUCGUACUCUUUUGUUUGAGACCCAAAAGUAUCCAGUGGUCCAUUUAUUGCAGAAAGAUGAUGACUCCUUUAACCAGGAGCUCUUGAGAAGCAUGGUGAAAAGGAUUAAGAUGAAUGAUGUCUAUGGACCAAUGAGUCAAAUCUUAGAGCGAUUGAACAAAUGGCCACAGAUUAAAAGACAGAGGAGCCUCUAUAGAGAAAUAUUAUUUCUUUCACUUGUUGCUCUAGGAAGAGAGAACAUUGAUAUAGAUGCUUUUGACAGAGAGUACAAAAUGGCCUAUGAUCGUCUCACAGUUAAUCAGGUCAAGAGCACUCACAACUGCGAUAGACCGCCAAGUACUGGAGUGAUGGAAUGCCGAAAGAUUUUUGGAGAACCAUAUCUUUAAUGUAGACGUAUUGUAAUGAAUUGUAUACAUGUGUAAAGUCACAAAGAACAUCUCGGUCUUCAGUGUUUGAAAACAUAUUUACAAAUGUAUUGUGUCAGAAGAUUGGAAAAAAUUGGGCCUAUGUACAGUUACAAAAAUGGACAAUGAACAAAGAAAGGGCCAAAUACUACUUUCCUCUCCUUGCUUCUCUCUGCAAAUCAUUUUGUGGAGUAGGAGACCCUGAACUAAAUCAGUUCUCUAACAAGGGACAACAUUUUACAGUCCUUGAAAGAAAACUUGGGAGAGGCAGACAAAAAUGAGGCACUGAAACUAGCAAGAGUGAAGUAAAUUCUGCAAAUCUGUUUACAUAGAAUAUUCAAAAUGUUAGGAAGCGCAUACAAAAUUGUAUUAUACAUAUUUUAAAUUGUUUAUAGUAAGUUGAUAUUUUUUUAAUUACUCUGAUGAAUUUUAAUGAACUUAUUGCAUAAGCAAUACAGUGCUCAUUUUUUUUCUGCUAUUUAUAGUAACUGGUCCAAUUAGGUUUUGAAAAAAUAAUUUGUUUUUGAAGUGGUCUAUAAUUUCAGCACUGUCCUAGCUAAUAUUCUGGGGCCAGUAUUUUUCUUGCACACACACAAUUAUGUACUACCACUGCAAUCAGAUGAAAAGUAUAGCAAACGUAAAAAUAUGGUUAUUAACACUGACUCUGUAGUAUCUUUCUUUCUGAAGAAGUCCCCCACAAAAUUCUGUAAUACAUUGAAGGAUCCCAGAGUUUACUUUAAGGCGAUCCAACGCUUUUUAGCUGUUGGCAUUCACUAAUUUAAUAUAUCUGUGGAUAUAUAUUACAAGAUGUAUAGCAAAUAGCUUACAAAAAUAGUUCCAUAUAAAAUGUAUAGUGUACAGUCCUGUAUAUGGAGGUGUAGGUAUGUUUGUAAAUGCCCUAAACAUGGCACUUAAUUCAUUGUGGUCCAAAGUUACUCUUC